AUUUUCAAAGUCGCACGGCAGAAAGAAGGAAGAAGAAGAAGAAGAGGUCAAAAAUUAAAAAAAAAAAUAAUGAGCCAGAGAAUAGCAGCGAGCUAGGAAUGAUAGACACGAGAGCUCCAAAACGCUUCGUUCCGCUCCAGCUCCCUCCUUUCUCCGAGAACGAAACCCUAUCUCCACCGUCCUCCCCCGCCGGCGGAUCGCUCGAUCGAGCCUUGUCCUCAACGCAGUCCUUCGAUUCCCUGGGGGGAACUAAAAUCACCCCGCGGAUCUGUCCAACCGUCGAGGAGCGAUGCCGUCUCAAGGGGAUCUGGACCGUCAGAUCGAGCAUCUGAUGGAGUGCAAGCCUUUGCCCGAGGCGGAGGUGAGGACGCUCUGCGAUCAAGCUCGGGCGAUUCUGGUGGAGGAGUGGAACGUGCAGCCGGUGAAGUGUCCUGUCACUGUCUGCGGCGAUAUCCACGGCCAGUUCUACGAUCUCAUUGAGCUGUUUAAGAUUGGCGGAAAUGCUCCGGAUACCAACUACCUUUUCAUGGGCGAUUAUGUUGAUCGUGGAUACUAUUCGGUGGAGACGGUCACACUCUUAGUGGCCCUGAAGGUCCGUUACAGGGAUAGAAUCACGAUCCUGCGAGGAAACCAUGAGAGCAGGCAGAUUACGCAAGUGAUUUCACCUGCUUUUUUCAGCUAUGGGUUUUAUGACGAGUGCUUGAGAAAAUAUGGGAAUGCAAACGUUUGGAAGUAUUUUACGGACCUUUUUGAUUAUCUGCCACUCACGGCACUCAUUGAGAGCCAGGUUUUCUGUCUGCACGGCGGACUCUCACCUUCUCUUGAUACAUUAGAUAAUAUUCGAGCUUUGGAUCGUAUACAAGAGGUCCCGCACGAAGGACCAAUGUGCGAUCUGCUGUGGUCUGAUCCAGACGAUCGUUGCGGGUGGGGAAUAUCACCUCGCGGCGCUGGGUAUACAUUUGGGCAGGACAUUGCUGAACAUUUCAAUCAUACUAAUGGGCUCACCUUGAUUUCACGAGCUCAUCAACUUGUUAUGGAGGGUUACAAUUGGUCCCAGGAGAAGAAUGUUGUAACAGUAUUUAGUGCGCCAAACUACUGCUACCGGUGUGGGAACAUGGCUGCAAUCCUGGAGAUUGGCGAGAAUAUGGAACAGAAUUUCCUGCAGUUUGACCCGGCGCCUCGCCAAAUUGAACCCGACACCACGAGGAAGACCCCCGACUAUUUUUUGUAAUUCUCGUUUGCUUGCACACCACAUGAGAUCAGCCUUCUGUACUACUGAUGGUGCAAUCAGUAUUGUAGUAGAUGUGUACUUGAAAAAAAUAGAUUUUGUUGUGUUCAGAAAAAGGGGUUGGAGUUCGACCGUCAGGACUGAUUCUUUGUUUCCACAAUCUUCCUUCCCUUCCUAAUGCAUUAGUUACUGCUCUUGAUGCACAAGACAAAA